ACGCAAACGUCGUCUGCUCUUUGCAGAAAAUUGCCGAUUUGAAAUAUUUUGAUGUCCGACUUUUAAUGGUUGAAUAUUUUAGCAUCGAGAUAUGGUGCUUUAUCUGGUCAAUAUUCGUGCAGUUUUGAAGCGCGCAAUUCCUUUAAGUGCUACUUGUUCCCAUUCAAGAAGCACAUGCUCAACUCCCGCAGAGACCCGCGGGAUCUCUCCAAAUUUAGAAUUCUCUCCCGACUGCGAUGAAGCGACGAGGCAAAUGCUUGAGAAAGACUUUCAAGUCUACAAAGAUUUCAUCAGUGCUGAAGAAGAGAAUAACCUAUUGGAAGAGUUGGAGGUGAAGUUCAAAAGGUCCCGGUAUCAGUAUGACCAUUGGGAUGAUGCUAUCCACGGAUACAGGGAAACAGAGAAACCUACUUGGAAUCAAGUCAAUGACUGUGUUAUAAAUCGGUUGAGAGCUUUUGCCUUUUCAACUACCACGAUGCAGCAUGUCCAUGUGCUUGAUUUAGCUGAGAAUGGUCACAUCAAACCACAUCUGGACAGCAUAAAGUUUUGUGGCCCCACCAUAUCGGGCAUAUCUCUGCUCACAGCCAGUGUGAUGAGGCUCAUACAUAUACAGCGACCCCAAGUCUUGGUCACGGCACUAUUACCGAGAAGAUCAUUGUAUAUAAUGAAGGACUUUGCUAGAUACGAAUUUAAUCACGAAAUUCUGAACAAUAGCGAAUCCUUCUUCCGGGGAGAGAAAGUCACGAAAACUAGGCGUAUCUCUGUAAUCUGCCGUAGUCCACCACCGCCAUCAUCAUAAUGGAUGCAGUACUGUUGUAAACACGAUUUGGUAGAUAUGCCCAAGUAGACAGUCCUUAUUUGUACUUAUCGUUGAUCCAUACAAUAGCCAUUUAAGUCA